AUGUCGUCCACCCCAGCCAGCAGCGAGCCCCAUGACGCGCCGGCCGCCGACAGCAGCGUGCCGGCGUCGAGGUCGAUCGCGGAGCGGUGGAAGAUGGAGGCGGCGCCGGUGCGGGCGCGGCUGCUGCUCCGGGCCUUCGCGUGGCUCUUCUCCCUGCUGGCCCUCGUCGUCAUGGCCACCGACGUGCACGGCCGCGGCGGCGCCCAGGACUUCAGCACCUACCCGGAAUACAACUACUGCCUGGGCAUGUCGAUCAUCGCGCUCCUGUACGCCACGGCGCAGCUGCUGCGCGACGCGCACAGGCUCAGCUCUGGCCGGGACCUCGUCGCCGGGCGGAAGGCGGCCGCCGUCCUCGACUUCGCCGGAGAUCAGGUGGUGGCGUACUCGUUGAUUUCUGGCUUGUCCGCGGCGGCGCCGGUGACGGACUACAUGCGCCAGGCCGCCGACAACCUGUUCAACGACUCGGCCGCGGCCGCCAUUAGCCUCGCCUUCUUCGCCUUCUUGGCCAUCGGCCUCUCUGCCCUCAUCUCUGGGUACAAUCUUUCCCUAGAAGCCCUUGUUUAG